CUAUUGGGUACCCCUCUAGAGACCAAUGCAAUUUUCGGCAUGUUCAUUAUUUUUUGUUGCGAUUUUCAUCUGAGUCGUCCCGUCCGUUCACCGCUAUUGAUUCUCCUCAAAUUAUCCGCAUCUAGAAAGUCGCACCGUUCGACCAAAGUCGACAUCCCGACGUACCCGAAAUGUCCCGUCGAUGGACGAUUUUUGCCUGAAAUGUGAUUUUUCUGGGCCUCGAAAAAGCGGGGUUAUAAUAUUCGGAGGGAGUCGCGGGUAGGUAGGAUCGCAGUGUUUUUGGCUUGACCGGGAAUCGAGAGGAGGAUUUUUUGUUUCCCCGUGCACUGGGGUGGAUGAAUGAGCCGCGGGAGGGGUGGAAACUCGAGCUAACCAACCCAGGAACUCCGUAGUGGAUGACCUAGCGGCCUGAACUCGGGAAAAAACGCCGGAAAGAUGGACCGUUCGCCCGGGAAAGACCCGGGUAGAGAACGCAGGCAGAGGCAGGCGUUUCUGAAGGAUCUGAAGGAUUUUCACGCUGCCAAAGGGCACCCAAUUUCUCGGUUUCCCUACGUUGGCGGGAGAGAGCUGGACCUGCACCAUCUUUACAACAAAGUCACCUCUUUGGGAGGAUUUCAGAAGGUGUCUGAGAAGGAGAGAUGGGGGGAACUGACAGAACAUUUCAACUUCCCCAGAGGUUGCACCCAUGCACCUUAUGCACUGAAACAGCUGUAUUACAGGUACCUGGAGCCGUACGAGCGUGUGAACCAGGGGGAAGAGGAGGAAGACUUCCUGUUGGACCGCAGCCCCUCCGCCUCUCCCCGCCCCGGUACACCCAUGGGGAUGGGGCACCACAGUGUGACCAGACAGGUGGAGAUACCAGGUAACAUCGGCAACAUUUUUGUGGACAUAGAGCUUACCUUUGCAGCACAGAACCUACUUUUGUGGGAGGAGAAAGGAGGUUUUAGUGGUGUUGGGUAUCGGGUACCACAGUAUGCCCUCCGUCAAACCAGCGGGUUAUCGCUGGACAAGCCCGCCCUCACGGACUACGACAAGCUGAUGAUGUCAUUACAAAGCGGGCUGCCGAACGAGGUGGACUUCGCCAUCAACGUGUGUACCCUGCUGUCCAACGAGAGCAAACACGUGAUGCGCCUGAACAAGGCGCCGCGGAUCAUCGACCAGCUGCUGGCGCAAGUCGGCCUGUUCGAGGAUGGUCCUGGGAGCUACCAAUCAGUGUAUGAAGAGGGGUGGAAGCCCCUAACUGGGAGGGACUUUGUGAAGUUUUGGAAAGACACAGUGGAAGACGGAGAAAUGAAAGAUCUUAUUAGGACGCACCUGGACAAAACUACAGAUGAGGACCACAUGGAUUUGGACAGCCUGUUCAACACCAGGAGGAACUUGGGCAUCAAUGAUAUUGAAGGACAGAGAGUCUUACAGGUUGCUGUCAUCCUAAGAAACCUGUCGUUUGAGGCUGACAAUGUCUCAGUACUGGCGGCACACAAAACCUGUUUCAGGUUCCUGCUCCUGUGCGCGCACAGCAAGUACGCGUCUCUGAAGCAGCUUGGUCUGGACACACUGAGUAACGUGGCAGCUGAGAUGAUUCUGGAGCCGGUACAGAACGAGACCACACAGCUGCUCAUGCACACCAUCUGUGCUGGGCUCAACUCCAGGGACAAGUUCUCCGCCAUGAGAGGUAUGGAAGUUCUCGGUAAGCUGUGUCAGGUUCCAGAGAACCAGGAGGUACUAGAGGAGUGUGUAGAGCUGGACACGUACAGGAACCUGGUGCGCACACUGCUGGUACACGAUGUACAGGUCCUGCUGGCCUGUCUGGAAGUGUUGUACGACCUUUCCAACGUCGGCAAGGUCACGGCCAGCAAGAUUGCAUCCAUCGAGCACAGCGUGGAGAUCCUGGUUGGCAUGUUGACGUUGGAUGUGCAGACCCUGCGUCCUGACGCUUUAGCGGGCAUCAGAAUAAUAGACCAUGGGCCACACCGGCAAGCCGCGCAGGACCCCAACAGGGUGGACAGCUAUCAACAGGCCCAACAAACAGGUCAGCGGCAGCAGUUAGUUACCGCCACGGUAUCAUCAGCUCACUCUGCGACGCCGUCUCAGGGCGGGCGCGAGAUCGACAGCGAAACCUUCACGUGUUCGUGGCUGAACUCGCUGUACGAAGUGGACUCGGAGGGGUCGGUAGCGAGGAUAGACCUGUACGCAGACUACCUGUCGUCCUGCAGUAAACUGGCGCGAGUCGGCAUCCUCACAUCCACACACUUCUACAGAUGUGUCAAGUGAUGACAUCUACCAGCAGUCAACACUCAUCACAGCUCACACGUUCCUUCAGCAUCCAGCGCCCUUCCACCUCCCAGUCCCCGUACCCCAACACCCCCACCCCUCCCUCUCACACCCCCACCCCUCCCCCCUUCCAGGAGCCCAGACCCCCUCCCCCUCCCUACAGACAGCCCACCCCACCCCAAGCCCCCUCCCCAUCAGUACAAACCCCGCCCCAGGUGACCAAACCCAACCCCGUCCCCGCGCCGGUGAACCCAGACUUCCAGAGGAGGCGAGGUUCACUUGGAAUGUCACCGGAAGAAAUGGCCAGGCUGAUCGCCGCCCAGGGUCAGCCUCCAGGUCAGAGUUCAGGUCAGAGUUCAGCUCCACACCAGGGGCAAGGGGAUGCCAAUAUGCAUGGUCCUCUGGCGGCCUUGCUGAAACGUAAGGGUAGUCUUGUGUCGGGGACCAAGGAGCCUGUCUCAACAUCACCAGCUGGGCUGCAGCAGAAAAAUCAGGCAGUGUUAACAGGUUCCUCACAGCCAGCCUUGCCAGCAAGGCCCUUGCCUAAUAUGGCAAGCCCAAAAGGCCCUGAACAAGUUGUUCUUCCCCACAAUGGAAUGCCGUCAGUGUCGCAAGGGGCUCAAACUACAGCAGUAAGGCAGGUCAAUUCACCCAAUCUGAGGCUACCCCCUCCAGGCCUGGCCUUGCCACCCCCACAUGCCCAAGUGGUACCUUCCGUGAGAGCAACUGUUGGUGUGAGUGGGACUGUCCAGGUACAGACCGCAGUGCCAGUUUCACAGCCAAACGGGCAGCUAAACGUGCAGACAGUCGCAGCAUUGCCCAUGUCUAGUCCACAGAUGUCCAUCGUGCCGCAAACGGUGCCUGCUUCUGUUGCACAAAUUAACCAGGCACCUUCUACUCUGGCCGCCGCCUCAACAGUUCCCCCAGUCAGUGCCGCCAUCCCUAACCUCUCUGUUGCACAACCUCAGCAGCUUCCCGUCGUCAGCAACCAAGUCACCUCGCAGCCCAACCUGGCGCUGGCAACUAACAUCCCCGGACAACCAAAUGUCGUGUUUGUCCAAGCUGCUCCCAACAUUGCCGGGCAAAACCCUGCCAUGCCGCUGUCCCAACCCAUCCAGCAAGCGUCGGCGGUGUACCCGACCGCCAUCCACCAGGCGUUGCUAGGCAACGUGCAGGUCCCGUGCUCGUCAAACGUGACGCAGUCUCCGACAGUCCCAGCGCAAAAUGUCUCGGCGGCUCCCUUGCCCAUGGGGAUCGUCUUUCAAACCAAGAACGCGGGGAUUCCGAGUACGGUCAUCCUAACGCAAGUUCCGCAACAGCUGCCUGUGGGACAGACCGCUCCAAUCCAGGUAUCAGGAACGAACCUUAGCGGCAGCACAUUCAUCGUUGGACAGGUUAACAUGGCGCCGGGACAAAUCCUCCAGCCACAAGCGGCAAACGACGGUAAUAAGAGCGGAAGUAUCAUCAGGCAGCUGUUGUUACCCAAACCCGAGCGUCAUGACUCCAACCAGAGAUUGAUACUUCCCAAACCUCCUCCCUCAGCCGUCAGCCAAACAUCCUUCAGUAGUGUAGCUAAUGUACAGGUUCCUCCGCAAGUAAGCCCCCAGCCGAGCAGCAAGAAUGCCCUGCCCCCACUGCCAGUGAGUCCCGAGCCUAACAAGGCUGUCGAAAAAGCUGCAAAUCCCGCACAGCAAGUUGCAGUUCCCAACAAUCCUGACCGCGUCAUUUGUUCGCAAGUUGAGGUCGCAAAGGACGUGAUUGGACCAAACACAGGGAUGCACGAGGACGAGAGAAGGAUUGAGGUAAUCGAAAAUCAUAGUAGAAAAACUCUUGAAGACAAGAUUGCCAGUAGUGGUAGUUUCCACCAAUCAGGGACUGCGGGUGGGGCACCAACUGAUAGUAUCAACCAAUCACAAACCAAUAACCCAUUGCCAGUGAACUCAGUGGACCAAUCAGGGACCAGUGGUAAGGAAGCUGUGAACCAAUCAGGGGAAGGCACAAAACUACCUCAGGAAUCAGUGGACUUGUCAGCAGAAAAGCAUUCUGGGCUUUCUAACGGGCCGUUGUCGACCAAGGUGGCUCAAGGUACCAAUGACUUGGACGUUCCUCUUGUGAAUGGAGUCAGCGAUUCUGAAAAAGAAGAUGAGAAAAUGCAGAUAACAGAGGAAAAGGAAGUGAGAACAGACAAAAAGACUUCUGUCGUAGCACCGGCAAAUUCCACAAACAUUCCCAACCAUAAUUCCAUGCAAAGAAACGAGUUGUUGCCCAAUGGGGAGAUAAGGACGGAAGAAACAAUGAACGGCUCAAUAUCCGCUGAAAAAGCUUCAGGAAACGUAAAUCACACACACUCCGUGAACGGAAUGGCUUCUGAGGACAAACAAACAUGCCACGCCAACGGAAAUUCCACAGGAAUCGCAAAUUCCAUCUUGUCUUCUCCGCACAAUGCUCAGAACACUUUAGUACACAAUAGGACUUCACUGCCAAACUCAAAUUCGUUACCCUCUGGCGUUGCGCAAAACGUUGUCUCAAACACCAACCCAACCGCUACAAACCUUGCAUCAUCCCCGGAUGAGUUGCAUAGCAAGAAAGCGCAGAAGCGGCCGCUCGAGAACGACGUGCUAGCACGAGGAAUCGCGAACAAAGUCGGGAUGAGAAUAGUGACCGACCAGAGACUGAAAGCGGAGGUUUCUCAAAACAGUACUGUUAACGUACAAGGUAAUUCUCCGUCACUUUCUGUAAAUGUUGUGAAAGCCGGGGAGAACUCUGCUUUUGUUCCUGGGAGUGCGAUAUCAGGUCCAUCCCAGUCGCUGAGGCUUUCGGCUCCUGGUGGUGCUUCUUCGCAAGGUGCGCCCCCUGGCAGCCCCCAGGGAACUGCAGAGGGUGGCGUGGCUCAGAACAGUGCUGCUGGGGAACAGAGGAGGAAAAGUGGGAACUUCAUCUGCCUUUGGUACAACUGUGAGAGCUGGUAUGACACCCCAAACCAGGUGUUUGUCCACGCUGUCCGAGAGCAUGUGUUGGCGUCCAACAUAGGCCAGUGUUUGUGGGAGGGCUGUGAACCAAUCAAACGGCAGCCCUGGUCACUCAUCAGUCACUUACAGGACAAGCAUUGUUCCAAGGAGGCUCUCCAGGUGGCUCUUCAGGUGUUCCAGCAGCGACAGUCGUCAGGUGCUCGUGCCCCCACCCCCCAGGGGCCUCCCCGGGAGAUCCAGUGUCCGCCCAACGCUGCGUUCUUGGCUAUCAGGAGGAUGACUCCCUACCAGACCCCACAGAAGGACUGGGAGGAGAAGGAAGGCCCCAUCACCAAGAGUGUUCGGCUGACAGCCACAUUGAUACUGAGGAAUGUAGCCAAGCACUCUGUGGAAGGGAGGAGGAAAAUCCAGCGCUAUGAAGAGCAUCUGUCGUACCUGGCACUCAGCAACCUGGAGUCCGCCAACUUUAUCGCCAAGUGCCUCGGCUUCGUGUUCCAACCAGAGCAGUCGGAGUCCCAGAGAGACAAUCCCCCUUACGUCCGAUAGCAGAAGUACCGCCCGCCGUGUGGCGUAGCGCGUGGUUCGUGUGUGUUUGGAGUUUUGGAAGAGUAACUCAUUGCCUUCUGAUACAUUUCAAGCACUGUUAUCCCUAAGCAAUUGACCCCUUACAGACCAGUAUUUGACAAAACUUGUAGACAAAAUAUGGUCCAAACUGCCUAAUAAUUCUA